CCGUCCAAUAAGGCUCAGCAUGCGACCCCCAUUUCACACGUGGAGUGACAGCAGCGACCCAUCAUCAUCAGUCCGGCCAGUUCUUCCUCGCCGCUCGCAACUUUCUCUCUCACUCUCUCUCCUCCCCCCUCCCCUAAUAUGAUGUCAUGUAAGGAUGAGGGUGGCUUCUGAGGUGAGAUAGGGAUUUUGGUGAGUGGCAUUCUCCACGACCCGAGGCUUCGGAGCUGCAAAACAUGGUCAUCACCACCUUCUUCACCUCAAGUCGUGUCUCCGCGCUCUCUCCCCGUUCUUCCGCCGCUCUCAUCUCGGGCCACCGUCGCAUGCCCGAAGUCCUGACCUGCCUCGCUAAAUUAAGCCUGCACCACCAUGCCGAGGGAAGAAAAACUAGAAGAGGGGUAUUUUUAGUGCCAUUAAUUUUGACCACGUGCCCCGAAGGUAAACCCGAUGGCCAUUGCGCAAAGGCUCCUCAUCAGUAUGUCCUGCGAGGCCAACGGGCAACACUGGCCAAGGACUGCCGUUCUGCUCUUAGGAUUGCUCCUAGUUGGGAUUGUGUCCUCCAGUCCGCUUCCGAGUAGGACUAAUAGGACAACUUUACUGGAGAAGCGAUGGGAGAGCCUCUUCUCCCGCUCCGUGCUGGGGAUCUCUGGAGAGAGACCAGAGGCGAACUGGGAGAAUGACUAUUUGCUGGGCAUCAAAAGAGUGCGGAGGCUGUACUGCAAUGUAGGCAUCGGGUUUCAUCUUCAGGUCCUCCCAGACGGCAAGAUAAACGGUGUACAUAAUGAGAACCAGUACAGUCUCAUAGAGAUCUCCACUGUGGCCAGAGGAGUGAUUAGCCUGUACGGUGUGAAAAGCGAGCUGUUUGUCGCAAUGAAUAACAGAGGAAGGUUGUACGGAACGGCUACCUUUAAAGAUGAAUGCAAGUUCAAGGAGACCCUGCUGCCAAAUAACUACAAUGCCUACGAGUCCUCCGUUUACAAGGGAUUCUAUGUCGCUCUCAGCAAACAUGGCCGAGCGAAGCGAGGCAACAAGGCCACCACCGCCAUGACGGUCACCCACUUCCUCCCUCGAAUAUGAGCAGACUCUUGCAAUAAUUCUUCAUUUGCACUGAUCUCCCCGAGAGGUCUGAAAACUGACUCACAAACAUACAAUGAACUGCAAGAAUAUCACCAAAAUAGUACUUUACUGUUUUUUAUAUGUAUAUUUGGAUA